CCCCCAAUACUAGCUAGAAAAUUUGACGUAUUACAUUGGUUUCCCUGUGGUGAGGACGGACAGCUGGACAGGUGUACGGUCACGUUAUUACUAAAAUUUCUCGGAUGGACAGAUAACCAAAUUUUCUUAGGUGUGGGGUUCCACUCGCGCGUGUGUGGCACAAAAGAGCUAAAAAACUACCGCUGGCAAAAAACUGAGACUGGAUACAAUAACAACCAGAACUAUGACCCUACUUUAAAUCCUUAAACAACCCAAAACAACUACUUUGUGGGUGGUUGGGUGGGGAAGGUCUAGCAAUGGCAGAUUGGAACAAAACAUUGAAUUGAACUUUGAAACACCACGCUAACUGAAGACCCCCCACACAUUAGAACUCAUACUCUCAGCCGUGUGGGAGAAAAAUUUUUUCUGCUUCACUUUUCAGCCAGCAGAAAAACACAUUUCCUUAGUAUCAGUAGCAAUACUAAUGUUACAUACAUCCAGUCAAAUCUCUACUACAGGUGUACAUGUCAAAAGUAGCCAGUGCUUUUAGAAUGAUUUUACUUGAGCUGCGAAACAGAUACUAACAAAUAGUGCAAAAUAGUGAGAGGUAAACAAAAGAAGGCAAUAGAAUUAGUGCAUAAUAGUGUGUAGUAUUCUACUACCUAUUUCAUAGUUCAAGUAAAAACUCUCUACUGUAAUAAAUGCUGGCUAAUUAGUGUACCAGACCCAUAUCCUCAAACCUACGUGUAAAGCAAAUAAUAUUAUUUUAUAUCCUUUGUAUUCUAGGCCUUCACUUUAAACCUAAAGAUGUAAGUCUUGCAAGAUGGUCCACACUUCCGGUCUUCUUUGGCCAGCUGACUGGUGCUUAUGAGGGAAUAGGAACUGUGAGUUUAUAAAUACUCUAAUCUUUCACAAUGAUAAUGGUACUUGUUAAUUAUACAAAAAUACAGUUGACUCUCUCUUAACAGACACCUCUGUAAAACGGACACCUAGAGUUGGUCCUUACCUUUCUUUACUCCCUUUAUUUGACUCUCUAUAAGACGGACACCUCUCUAAGUCUCUCUAAGUUGUCCUUCUUAGAGAGAGUUGACUGUAUACUGAUUUAUGAUGAAGAUUUGGUGAUAACAAGGAACUGUUUUUUGUUUUUAAUGUUCUUACAAAUAUUGUCGUGUUUCCUGACAAAAGUACCAGUAAUGUGACAAAGUAGUGCCAGUGGAUUGAAGCAAACAUCAUCUCGAGUGAAAGGGUUGUUAGUUUUAUUACUUCCCAGGGAAUUUAAGCUUCCAAAUCCAUUGGCUACUUGACUAAUAUCUAAAAAAAAAAAAAAAAAAAAAAAAAAAAAAAAAAAAAAAAAAAAAAAAAAAAAAAAAACAAAAAAAAAAAAAAAAAAAUAAAAAAAAAAAAAGUAUUCUAUUAUUCAAUCCAAAAAAAAUUAAAAAAAAAAAAAAAAAAAAAAAAAAAAAAAAAAAAAAAAAAAAAAAAAAAAAAAAAAAAAAAAAAAAAAAUUACAAAAUUACAAAAAAAAUUAAAAAAAAAAAAAAAAAACCGCCAGUCGCUAUUUUUCCUUCAAAAAAAAAAAAAAAAAAAAAAAAAAAAAAAAAAAAAAAAAAAAACACUUUAUUUGAGUGUCAAUGUAUUUAGCAUGAAAGUGCUAAUUGGGGACACUAUAUUUUAUGUCUCCUAAUGGAGACAGGAUCGCCAUUUUAUGUGGUCAUCCGAGGCACGCGAAUGUCUCACUGCUUGCAGUGCAAAGGAAGUACCUUUAUUUCUCAGUUAUUUUAAGACCCUAAGUAAUGGUCUGGCCCCGGGAAUCGAACCUGCAACCUCCCGCUUGGCAGUCAAACACUCUACCGGCUGAGCUAAUCCUGCCACAGUAGACAUUGUACAACUUUGCAAUAAGUUUGAUAUAUAUAUAUAUAUAAUAUAUAUCGUAGGCAAAUCUUAUCCACAAGUAAGACCUUCUUACACCUUAUGUGUCAAAAUAUUGUUGUGGCAGGGGGUGUGAAAUAGGUACAAAGUUGUCGCAUGUCAUCUUUGAGUAACAUUAUUGGUUUGCUGCAGAGCAGGUGACCACAAGCUUUUUUUGCUAUGGCUGUUGUCUUGGUUGAGGAAACCAAUUUGGUUUGGCUGAAGCAUCCUUCCUUCAGGGCCCCCAAGGAGGCACUGAGAUUGCUACAAUAAGGGUGUACAGACAUCCUGGUUUCUUGAGUAGUAUGUACAUGAGUUUUAUUGGAAAUUAUUUUCUACUGUAGGUUAUACCUAUUGAGUCAAGCAUGGCAGAAAACAGACCUCGUUUCCCUUUGUACCUGCACUUGACACUAGCAAUUGUCUCAUGUAUCCUUGGAUCAUUUGGAUUGCUUGGCUAUCUGAUUUAUGGCAGUGGGGUCCCUCAGAUCGUGACCUGCACCCUGGGGACACAAAUACCAGCACAACUGGUCAGAAUCACCCUCAUAAUUGCCGUGUUAAUGACAUACCCUCUUCAACUGUACCCAGUCAUUGAAAUUGCCGAGUCAAUUUUCUUCACCAAAGAGCAUUCACGAACAAGAUCUCACCUGAGUGAGAUAGUUGCUGGUCCUAGUACAGAUGUAACAAGCAGCCAACAGCCAUCUAUAAACUCUUAUGAAAGUCAGUCUUAUCCUUCACUUGAAACCUCCAAUCAUACAUCCACAAGUAUCAAUUCUGAGACACAAGUUCUUCUACCAAGUGAUUCUGAUGAACUUCAGUAUAAGGUACAGGCUUAUAUAGUCUUUGAAGGAUGGGUAGUAGAUCAAGUGUUUUUUUGUUCCGUGUAGAGGUGGGCUUGGAAGGCUUGGGGGUAUAGUUGGGAUCAUGUCGUACUCAAGGGGUGCUUAUAACCAUGUAAACCAUCCAUCAGGUUGAAGAUCUCAUAUUGAUGCCUAACAAUGAAUUUUUACAUUUUACAUUGAUGGUACUGCGUAUUCAAAUCAGCUGCAGAGACUUAAAAUUAGACCUGUUGAAAAGUUGUUUGUCUCAAAUGACAGUUCAUAAUUAUUUUCUGAAGCUUCAGAAAUGAAUGAAGUGAACAAUUUAUUGGAAUUCCUGACCUACCUCCUUGUAAAGAUCUCUGCUGACUUACCUUAUGUAAGCAUUUUUUUAAAUCUUAUGUAGAAUGUAGACUCACUGAGUGUAAGUAUUAGGUUAUGGCUUGCAUGUAUGCCAUUUUCCCACUAACAAAACAUGUAUAAUGGUAACUUGAAGUCUUGCUUUAAAAAUGUGGGAUUCAAAUAAGCUUAACCCAUGCUUAAAUUAGUGGUAAGUUUGCUGUCAUCAAAAUUAGUACUAAGUAGGUCUGUAGUUUUAAUUAUUUACAGAUGAAUGGGCAUUAUUCUUUAUGGAAAAGAAUAGUCACUUUUCUUAUUUUCUUUUGUACUGUACUUAUAUUUACUUUAUAGGCCCUACUUGUAAGUAAAUGGGCAAUUCCACGUAAGACAAUGAAAUUUUUAAUUUUUUUAAAUAAAAUUUUGCACUAUAAAACUUAUACUAACAGAAAGUUGAGACAAUGGGGUGUUUGAAAUUACUGAGAUCUUGUGCAUCUUGUCCACGUGCUUAAUGUGAGAAGGAACGAAAUCCGGAGAAUUUGAAUCUCAUCAUAUUUGGAAUUUUUGGAAGGAAAUUUUAAACAAAGUUUUUACAUCUAAGAAAACAUGACAAUAAACAUUAAAGUAUGUGUGCAUAACCUUUGCCUUACACUAUCAUUAGGCCAUAAAUUAUUAUAUCCAGCUACUGGCACUUUCCUAAGAAAAUAGGUAUUGAAUUUGUGUUGCGGACAUUACGUAAUGUCCGCAACAUUAAGGUACCUUUUUUCAGUUCCUCUACACAGUUCACUGUAUUUUCAUGUACUAUUGAUGCUGCUCAGUUAAUCUGAUAUAUACUUUAUUUUGAUCUCAAAAUAUUCCCUGGGUCGGCUUUCUCUGCUCAGAAAUUAUAAGUUGAAAAGUGUUGCGGACAUUACACAUUGGUUUUAUAGACUUAAUACGCCUUAGAAUCCUCUUUCAACUUUUUUCUAAAUUUUCUUGACCUUUCAGUGCAUGUCUUGGGCAUUACAAUUGACCUUGUUUACAAUCAACUAAAAUGAAUUUUUAUUUAGAGGAUUGGAAAAGGACAAAUUGAGUAGCUGGUCAGGGGUUUGGUACUGUUGAACAUGCCCAGAACUCUUUGUAAGUAUGCUUUUUGAGGAAAACAACUGACCAUCAUUGUUUCUUCUGAUUUUCUACUCACACUUCAACAAGUAUUAAUUUUUAAGUAGAAUUCGUAAUGUAAUAAUCUUAAUGUAGUAAACAAUGUGCAAUUUUAGUGCAAAUUUAUCAGACUGAAUGACAAGAAAUGAUAAUUUUUGUUAAGCUAAAUCAUUUUCGGAAAAAACAAAAUAAUCGUCUCACUGCUGAGGGUUUUUUUCUCACAACAUUUACUUGAGAUGUAAUAAAAUUAAUUUUGAAAUCAUUUUAAGGGGUCAGUAUAGCAGAAAAAAUCUGACUGGCAUUACAUGAUACUAGGUCAGCAGGAGAUUAUAUAAUAUUAUAAUAGAACAUAUUAAAUAAAGUAAAUAAUCAUUUCACAGCUUCAUUUUUAGUCAAGUAACUACAGAAAAAAUUGACAUAGCCGCAGUGAGUAACACUGACUAGAAAGUGAAUGAUAAAAAAUGUGUUCCCAAAAAUGUAAUGUCCGCAACAUUUAUGUGUAAUGUUCGCAACACAAACUUUUGUUUGUAGAAUCAUUGGAACAAGGUUGUAUGGAAUUUUUUUUUGAUGGUUAAAAAAUUUAAUUAUUGCCAUGUUUUGAGGGCACAAUUAUUUUCUGCUCAAGGUUAAAAAUUCAUAGGGAAAUAUCUUUAAAGAAAGUUACUUUAAAAAGUGGUUGUUAAAAAUGUAUUGCCGAAGCACAGUUUCCUCAACUCACAUCUUCAAGGUCGUGAGAGUUCACUAAAGCAUCUUUUACUAGGUACAAAGGGAACACUAAAGUUUGUUUCUAGAUAUGUUUGAACACCCUUGCUGAAAAUUUUGACGUUUAAAUUGGGGUUUAAAAUGUUAAUUUUAGUAUCUGAAUGUAAUGUCCGCAACAUGGAAUCACCCAAAUACACUUUGUCCUAUUUCUUAAUUUCUAGUGCAUGUAUAUUUUGUUGCUUCCUUUUCGUUCCCCGUUUCGGAAAUAUUAGCCACUCUUAAUCCAUGUUUUUUCCAUUCUGCUUAAAACCUACUACUGGCAUAUUUUGGUUUACCUUGUACAAUAAGUGAUAACCUGUUGUUAUCUUUGUUCCUUAGACAUCAACUUGGAAGAGGAAUUUGCUGCGUACCAUUCUUGUCAUUGUGACUGCAGGAAUUGCAGUUCUUCUAAAGAGUCAAUUUGCCUAUGUGAAUGCACUGAUUGGAUCAUUAGGCAGCUCAGUAUUAGCAUACAUUUUACCCUGCAUUUUUCACCUUGUUCUGUAUAAACACACUAAUUCUGUUGGGGUGGUUAUUAAGAACAUUAUUUUUAUAAUAUUUGGAGUUGUAGGAGGGGUGGUGGGUGUUGUUAUCACUGUACAGAACAUAGUUAAGAAUAUGAAAUAAUUCAAAGUCACUCAAAUUUAAUUUAAUAAUUUAUUAGAGUCUUCUUCUUUUCAAAUUUAUGUCAAGGGCAAUGCUGUAGUUUUGUGAUUUUACAUGUAAAUAGUUUUGGUAUCUUGUAGAAAUUUGUAAAAUUUGUUGUGGUUCCAGAAAAUGUCCAUAUCCACACCAUGGUAUAGAUUUCAAAGGAAGGUACCUGUAUGAAGCUUAAGUGAUAUUUCCAAGAGGGAGAGGAGGGAGGUGUGAGGGGUCUCAAUCAACAAUUCCUGCUAUGGGGGGAGUAUGAUGUGGACAUUUCCUGUAACAUGAUGCAGCAAUAUUAAAAAACUUAAUCUUUUUGAAUUUCUUGUUGACUGAGUUUCACAAAUUAGAGAUCCAAAUACUUUUUGUCAUACACUUUUAGAUGCAAAUGUACAAGACUCUUGUUUAUAAGUUAGUAACAGUGGUUGAAAUUGGCAAAAUUGUAAUUUGUAAUUUUCUGCAUGUUGAGGGAAAAUAACAUACAAUCAAAUAGUAUUUUAAAAUACAAGUAAUUUUAUCCAAUGAAAAGUUUGGUACUUUUUUCCUUUUUCUAACAAAGCUAUCCAACAAAACAAUAUAACUUUGUACUAUAAUAAUAAACGAUAAAGCACUUGCCCUAUGUAACAUGAUACAGUCACCAUACAGUUCUAUUAAUUUUCAGUUCCUAGUCAUGUCCUUCGUGUAACUAAAACACAAUACUCUGUACUCUAUAAAUGUACACAAGAGUGAUAAUUUUCAGCGUAAAUGAGACAGAAAAAGUAAGAGUAUUUAUCAUAUCACCAUUGAAAUACCAGGUGAGCUUUCUUGCAAAAACAUAUUUUCACAUGUUAAAAGAUCAUCAUUGCUAUGGUUAAAAAGAUUUGCACCUUUCACAGGUAAAAAAAGGCAAAAUAUGAAAGUGAAAUGGUUUGUUUUUUCUUUGGUGUUAACAUAUUGAACAAUAGAACAAACAUUACAUGGCCGCUUGGAGGUAUGAAAUUUCUCUUCAGCUAUAUCGAAAAUUAUAUUGUGUAUUUCACUUGAUUGCAAACACUCAAAGAGAAAGUUUGUACCUUCGAGCUAUCAUGUAAUAUCCUCUAUGUAUCUUGGGCAUGAAACAAAAACUCACUCAUAUUCGUCUCAUCAGUUACCAUCAGAGUGACAAGAGGCAGCUGUAUUUUGCAGUUCUGUUACUAUAAAGUUUGAUAUCUGACUAUUAAAAAUCAAAGGUGCGACUCUCCAAAGAAAGUUAGUAGUUCUUGUUCAGGGCUCAGUUUAAAUUUAUGAUAUUAUCAUACCAGGGGAGAUUAAUAGUAUGACAAAGUACUGGUUUACAAUUAUAAUAAUAUAUGAAAAAGUCAAUGAAAAAGAACAAUUUUCAAUUUAUGGUAGAAUUUCUGUAGGUU